AUGCUUGCGUCGGCUCACUCGAUGCUUGUGGGGCAUGCAGCGGAGGUGCGAAACAGACCCGUGAGACCUCGAACAUGUCUGUGCCAAGUCAACUUCGACUGGAUAGAGACUUCAGUCAAGAAAGGACUUGCUGAGAUCACGCAGCGUCUCUCAAACCCGCAGGGAUCGCAUGCCGAUGCGGGAGGGGAGGAGCAGGAACCAGCGUCGGAUGCUGUCGAGCGAUCCAUCAUGGUGCGGGCAACGGCAGAGGAGUGCUUCCAAGUCGCGACUGCCUUUGAAGACUAUCCCAAGUGGGCGAGGGCGACAUCGUCGGUGCGUGAAGGUGGAGAGCCGCACAGUGAACAACCUUGGAAGAAGAGUCGUGAUGACCAUGGGAAUGUUCGGGAGGACAGUGAGCAGUACUUUUGA